AUGGCGGUACUCGCGCGCAGAGGGCUUACCGACGACCUGGAGGACUUGAACGAUACGAGAAAAACGGUGGAGAAUGCGGAGAACCGGGCUCGUCUUCGCCGCGAUGGCCAGCUGGCCUGGAAGAAUAAUCGAGAGUACGCGCAAGCUUUGCACCGCGAAGCUGACCAGCUGUACCGAAGCGGCGAUUACGAGUCGGCGUUGGUGCUGUAUCACAGAGCCGGCAACUUGUAUCCGAGGGACAGCAGUCACGGUGCUGCGGCCAGGAGGACCGUCGCCACGAUAAGCUGCUGCAAUAAUCCGGCGAAAGCUCUGCGCAACUUUUCAUCCUGCUCCUCCGGGGAACGACUAACGAUCGCCUUGUGCCCCGAAACCGCCGCCAUCACCGCGAACCAGCGGCUCAACAAGUCGCCCGAGCCUGCCUCCAUCCACCAAGUACUCGCCUACUUCGACGAUCACAAAAGCUACUGGAAGAGCCUGCCGUCACCUGGAGUCUGCAACACUCAGCUGGCAAGGACCAAGAUGACGUCCAAGCAGCUGAACAGUCUCGCCGAGGCAACGCUGAAGAACCUCGAGGCGUCGUUCGAGUCUGGCAAACUGUCCGCCGCUCUCAAGAUCACCCAGGAGUUGCUCGCGCUGUCGGACGGCUUCCAGGACCCAGGUCGUUAUCAGAUAGCUGCCUAUCACUAUCUCUCCUUCAUCCACGUGUCUAUGGGAAGGCACGAUCGGGCGGUGCGCAGCGCGUCGCGCCUCAUACGCUUGUCGAAGAGCACCGAGAACGUGGCUCAGGUCUGUCGGUCGUUGGCGACCUUGGGCAAGGUGCACCUGAGCUUCGGACACUUGGACGCGGCGGCCAAGGCGUGGCAGCACCUGGCCAAAAGCUUGAGCAAGCCGAUUCCCGUCGCAUGGAUCAGACACGAGAUCGGCAGAUGUUACCUGGAGACUGGCAGGUACGAGAAAGCCGUGCAGAUGGGCUUCGACUGCGUGGACGCGGCGACCAAGGCCAACUCGAGCAAGUGGACCCUCAACGGAAGACUGCUGAUAGGGCAAAGUCUGGCGAAGCUAGGCAGGUUCGUGGAAUCGCUGGAGGAGUUGCAAAUCGCGGCGAAAAUCACGGAGGAGGAGGGUGACACGCCGAUGCUGUCCUACAUCCGGCGUCUUAUCGACCAGGUUGCACGCGCCGUUCGAGAAUCGGUCCGAUCGGUUGAGGAAGCGAAGCCGACGACCACGACAUUCUCGCGGAAGAGGGAAGCGACGACGGAGCGUCCCGGCAGCAAAGGAGACGCGGACAAGAUGCCCGAUCUCGAUCGAGCCGAGAUCGUCGAGAUCGAGAAGAGAAAGAAGACGAGGAAGAGAGGGAGGAGGAGAAGGAGGAGGAGAAGAAAGAAGAGAGUCUCUUCCGCGUCUUCCUCCAGCUCCUCUCUACUCUCUGUCCAACAGGACGACUGUCAACUGAAGCGGGAAAACAGCAGCGACGUGUCGUUGAGAAGCGGCAACACAGCAACGGACGGAGGGUUCAGCGAGUUGCUCGAGUACGAGGAGCAGAGGGACGACAUGCUAAAUGCUCUCCGCGUGAUCGAAGAGCUGGGCAAGAAGGACGAGGUGGAGCUGCUGCAGAUGCUCAGGGACAUGCUGCUGCCGACCGAGGAGCAACGUGAUUUCGGGGAUUCUGGCGUUCCGCAGCGGAACGAGGUCGCGACCUCUCUGCCGAGCAGUCCUCGCAAGCGCCACGCCGAUCCCGCGCCGAUCUCCAAUUGA